UACGGAAGCUCACUAAAGAGACACCACAAGAUUUUGGUGCCAUCUUUCAACGACAGCACCAUAUGAAGUAUUUGAACGAGAGUCCAGAAUUAGAACAACCAUAGUAUUUAUCGAUGGCUUUUUGCAUUGUCUCAGUGUAGCCGAAAGGAGGUAAAAAGAAAUGGUAAUGGUCCACUGCGUUUAUCAACCCAAUUUAUUUAUGCCAUCAAUUAAGCUAGCUCAAUUUUGUCCUAGUUAUUAUGCUCUUUAUAACAUGAGAAAAUUCUCUGUUGUUUCUUCUACAAUUCAAAACAAUUCUAGUCCUCGUUUAAAUUAUGUACAAAAUCCAUUUCAGAAAUCAAUCUCUAAACAUGAGGUUUUGAACAAUGAGCCUCUUGUAUUUGAUGUUUCAUUAGUUGGUAACAAGAUUAGGGAAUUUACAGAUAGUGGUUCAUUUGAAGAUGCUAUCUGGGUUUAUCUUAACAUGCUUGAAUGUGGCUUUUCAGUUGAUGAAUUUAGAUUCUUUCCGUGUUUAAUUAAGGCAUUUGGUGGGCUUUGUGAUGUGGAAAGGGCUAGGCAGAUUCAUGGGCACGUUUUGAAGUUAGGAUAUUCUGAUGAUAUCUAUGUUACAAAUUCACUUUUAAGUAUGUAUUGGAAAUGUGGAGAUGCUAAAGAUGCAAUUAAAUUGUUUGAGAAAAUGCGUGAGAGAGACUUGGUUUCUUGGAAUACCAUGAUAUCUGGGUUAAGCCAAUCAGGGGAUUACUUUGGUUCCUUGAGGAUCUUUCAGAGGAUGAUUUAUGAACAUGGCGUGUGCCCAAAUAGGGUUAGCUGUCUUUCAGCUCUUUCGUCAUGUGCAUCAAUUGAGGCUUUGAUAAAUGGCAGGGAAAUUCAUGGGUUUGUUGUAAAAAGUGGAUUGGCUGUUAAUGAGUUUUUGGUUAGUGGAUUGAUUGACAUGUACAUGAAAUGUGCGGAUAUAAGGACCGCUGAAUGCAUUUUUAAAAGGGUUCUUGAUUACGAGUCAGUUAGAAGAAAUACAGUCAUAUGGAAUGUUAUGAUUAGGGGUUAUAUUUCUAAUGGCUAUUUGUCGCUGGCAUUGGAGUUUUUUAUUGAGAUGUUGAAUUUGGGGAUGAGACCAGAUUCAUCAACAAUUUUGGCUGUUCUAGUUUUGUGCUCUGAAUCAUUGGAUUUAAAAGUUGGAAAGCAAAUACAUGGACUGGUUUUCAGCCAUGGAUUGAGAAAUGAUGUAAGAACUGAAACUGCACUCAUAGAUAUGUACUUCAAAUGUGGUGAUCCUGAAGCUGGUUUGACAAUGUUCAGUCAGUCUCAAAAUCGCAACUUGGUUAUGUGGAGUGCAGUCAUCUCAAAUUGUGCUCAGGAUGGUUAUCCUACGAAAGCACUUGAAUUAUUCAAUGGUUUCAUGUUAGAGUAUGGCUUUCCAGAUUCUCUCAUACUUCUAGCUGUGCUGCGAGCAUGUUCGGCCUUGGCAUUUAAGUCUAGAGGGAUGGAAAUCCAUGGUUUAGCAGUAAAAUUAGCACUUGAUGCAGAUACUUUUCUUGGUGGUGCCAUAGUUGAUAUGUAUGGAAAAUGCGGAGAUUUGGAGUCUGCUCAAAAGGUUUUUUCAGGCUUAACUUCAAGGGAUUUAAUCUCAUGGAAUGCCUUAAUAUCUGGAUAUUCUCAAAAUGAAUGUGCUGUUGAAGCUUUUGAGGUAUUUCGUGAUAUGCAGUCUGAACAAAUUACACCCAAUUCUGUAACAGCUGCAUUAAUUCUUUCUGUUUGCGCUCAUUUGUCAGUCAUGAUCCAGUGUAAGGAGGUUCAUUGCUACAUAUUACGACAAGGGCUUGAGGACAAUGUUCUUGUGUGCAAUUCUCUGAUAGCUACCUAUGCUAAAUGUGGGGACAUAAACAGCUCCUGGACUGUUUUUGAGAAAAUGCCUGAAAGAAACGAAAUAUCAUGGAACUCGAUCAUAUUGGGGUUAGGAAUGCAUGGUCAUACAGAUAAAUUGUUUGUUUUGUUUGAAAAGAUGAAAGAGGCCGUCAAGAAGCCCGAUCAUGUGACUUUUACAGCUCUUCUUUCUGCAUGUAGCCAUGCUGGGAGGGUUGAUAUGGGAUGGAAAUAUUUCAAUAGGAUGGUUGAAGACUAUAAACUUGAACCACAACUUGAACAGUAUACUUGCAUGGUUGAUCUUCUAGGUCGAGCUGGUCAUCUAAAUGAAGCAUAUGAUUUAAUCAUGGCCAUGCCUUGUAUCCCAGAUAAUCGCAUAUGGGGUUCGUUGCUUGGGGCUUGCAGAACUCAUGGCAACAAAAAGCUGGCAGAACUUGUGGCUAAUAACAUAUUUAAACUUGAUCCUACAAGCAUCGGUUACCGUGUCAUCCUUGCAAAUUUGUAUGAAGAUUUUGGGAGAUCGAAUGAAUAUAUUAGAGUCAGAUCAGAAAUUAAAGAAAAAGGGCUGAAAAAGCAGCCUGGAUGCAGUUGGGUUGAAGUAAAUAACAAUAUUCACAUUUUUAUUGCUAGUGAUCGCUCACAUCAUCAAUCGCAGGAGAUAUAUGAUGCAUUAGAAAGUUUAACUCUGGAGAUGAAAAGGGUAGGUUACAUUCCUCAAUUACAAUCAGUAAAUGUCAUGCAUGAUGAGUCUGAUGAGUGAUGAAGGAGGUCUAUUUUUUUCUUGGAAAAAAGAAAAAGAAAAAAGAAAACGCGAUAGAUGAGAUUAUAUGAUGUAACAUAUAAUUCUUAUAUAUCACAAAGCUUUGUGCCAUCUCCACUUGAAGAGCAGGAGGUGCCCAUUGUCAGCUACUUAUGGGCUCUUGCUGAUGACUUAUCUUUGCAGCUGAUAGGCUUUUCUUCUGUCAAUUUGCUCAGUUUCCCAGUGGUAUCUUGUACGUACCAAGAAGCCGGAUUAAAAAUGUAAUAUAAGCUAUAAAUUGCCUCAUAUUAUAUUCACAACCACCAGAGAGGAAGUACUCUUUAUCACUUUAAAGUCGUGACUUUUCAAAUAAUCCA